UGGAGUUCACUUUGACCUUCAAGCUUCUUCAAAGAAGGUUUCUCUCCCUGAGUUGCAAGUUGUAAUUUGUGCUAUGUUGUUGUGCUCUAUUUUGUUGUUGUGCUCUGUUUUUGGUGAGUUAUGUGUUUUGCUAUGCUCUAUUUUUUGUUUCAUAUUUCUUUUUUCUUUUUUCUUUUUUUUGUCUUGCUUUAGUGUAAAUGUUUAGGAUUUUUUGUCCAUUUAUUUGUUUAUACACCUCCAUCUUUGUUUAUACGAAUAUAUAUAUAUUUCUAUGUUGAGCAAGGGAAAAAAGACAAGAACAAUAAAUAUUCAAAUCAAGAUCUUCAUCUGUCAAAAGCUUGGAUCCACAGAACCUGCAAAAGCAAAAGUAAUUACCGAAAAGAAAAGAAUAAAACAUCACACACAUCACUCAGACCUUUCACUUCAAGUGCUUUGUCUUCUUCAAAAAUUUCACACUUUCACGGAUCGUAAAUUUGCUUUUGUUUAUAGAUUUGCAGUUCACAAUCAAAUUUCUUUGUGGCUUGGCUCCAUAGAUCCAAGCUUCUUUGGGUUGUGGAAUUCAAUUCGACCUUCAAGCUACUUCAAAGAAGGACUUCUUGAGUGGCAACAGGAAUUUCUGAGGAGCGCAAACAAAUUUUGGCACGCCCAAUGGGACAUUAGGUUUACAUGUGAAGAAAUUGGUGCUCUGGGUCCCUCUGCGCACUCGGGAUUAGGAUGUUCUGUCCCUUUUUUUUUUUCUGCAUUAAUUUUGUUGUGUAAUAAAAAUGUAAUACUUUUAAUAUUUUAG